AGAUUUCGUAUAUGUAACCGCGGCGGGAGAUGUUGACACAGUAGGAACAACAUCUGAAGAGCUCCGGUAAUAUUCGCUUUUGCAUGAGGGCUAGGCUGCGGUCAGAUGGAUGAUUUCGGAAUUUACGCGAUAUUCGGAGUGAACGGCCCCCCACAGAGGUUGCUCAGGUAAGGAAAUUAUGGUUAAUGACAGAUUUUUAAACGGUACCGACAUCAGCACCAGUUCCUCACCUUUAGAUACUGUAUCUGGAAGAAUAUCCAAAAUUGUAUCUAGAGACACCUACGGUUUUGUAUGCAGUACAUGUUGAAAACCAUCGACUGUGUAUACUAUACACAGUCUAUGGUUAAAACUCAAUCUGAAGUGUCUCUGUGGCGCCUUUUAAAGUGCGCCAUGUUGAAAGGUUAAAUCAUCAGUUUGAUCAUUCUAACUCAAAGCACGAGUCGAUUUAUACCUCGCCUCUUUUUCCUAUUCGUUUCAAUCAAUUCUUUAACCAGUAACACCAGUCUAAAUUUGUUUUUUUUCUCCUGCUAGUGCUGAAGGUUCAUGUCGAGUAGCUGUUGCUGUACCACCAAGUGUCCGGCAGGUGGUGCUGUUUAGCAGCGGGCCAUGGGGAGAGCGAAUCUGCGUUAACGCAGAACUGAACGACACUGACAACAUGCCCAUAACUAUUGGAAAGCUCACUCCAUACAACAAGUAGGCCAUUAUAUUGUGAUGUUUACCUGACAAGUACACUCAUACUUUUGCUUUUGGUUUCCUAAGGUGCUUAUUUGACAGACAUCUGAUUAAAAAAAAUAGGUUGGAUUUAAUGAGUAACCUUUGAACACAUCUUGUGCCCUCCAGGUGUUUGUCAUGGGAGCAGUGGGAAGAAGAGACAUGGACAAGAAGUGUAAUACUGAAUGUCACCCUAGAAGGAGGAAACCUGGUAAAUACUGAAUUUACCCAAGAUUCAGGGCUGAAUUCUUUGGGAUUUAUGUUUAGUGAGACAUGUAUCUGUGAGACAGGGGUGUCAAACUCAACCACAGCAAGGGCCAUAAUCUGGAUUUGGGUCUAACCUGAAGGCCAAAGAGGGUCAACAUUUCACCAAAACUGUCAACCUCCUUUUCAAAAAAUAUGCAAAACAAAAAAAGCAAUGAUUAUAAAUAAUUUGGAAAUUCAAAAAAAGAUUAAAAAAUUAAGUUUAAAGGCAAUCUGUGAUAGAAAAUGUUAUUUUAUUUUUUAUUGUUUUAAUUCUGUUUUUAUUUAUUAGUUCAAAAGAUCAGAGCAUGAUAUUAAAAAUAGAAAAAUAAAGCUUUUAAAGAGCAAAUACAUGAGGAGAACAUUGAAAUCAGAUAUAAAAGGUCAAAAUAUGACUUAAAAUUUCAAAUUGUAAUCUAAAGUAUAAAAGUUACACAAGUCGUGGCUUAUAAAGGCCAUUUUAAAUAAUGGUGCUAAAGUUUACAUUAUUAUCCUGGAGGAUAUCUGCAGACUCCAUACUGGUAGGUCAAUAAUAAUGCAAAUAUGACAUGAUCUUGCGGGCCAGAUUUGGCCCCCGGGCCUUGAGUUUGACACCCGUGCUCUAAGUCUUUAAAUCCUUUUAAUUUAACCAUCAUUAAAUAUAAAAUAUUUUUAUUUCAGGUAAAAUCAGAGCAACCAGAGCUCAUCCUGGCUGUGACAGAAUUCACACCAAAGGUAAUCAAGACAGUUUUUGUGUUUCUUUAUUCACUGCUGCUUAUGUUGAUUCUUAAUGUACACACAAACCUUUUACAUAGGUAAGAGAUUCAGAGGACAAACUCUAAAGAAUAAAACCAGAAUUUGUGAAGAAUGUUGACAACCAUCUUUGUCAUAUGUGUAACAUUCAACCAGUGUUAGCUUUUGUUGGGGCAGCAAAGAAAACCUUUUAGAUAUAACAGACAUAGUUUUAUUAUACUUAAAAUUUAGAUAUAUUUAUGUCGAUCUCUUUUGCCUAAAAUUUUGUAUUUUCCUGUUAUUGAUGCAAAAAUUUUGACCAUGAGUCAUAGCUGUUUUUUUUUUUUUUAAAAAACCACUGGAUCUCUACUUACACUUAAAAUCAUAUUUCCAGUAUAUGCUGAAUAACAAAGACAGUUUUGUCCCUCUCAGGACACUGUGGCUCCUCUUGCAGCCCGGGAGCUCAACGGCAAGAGGAAGAGGGAGCACCUUUUGGAGGAAGAAGAAGACAAGUAUCAUCUGACCAAGAGAGGAGAAGAGAACAUGUGUCCAAAUGGUACAGUGGAGAAGACCACACCUGUGCGAAAGGGAAGAGAUCAAAUCAAGGGAGGGCAGAAGCUUUUCAGCGAUGGAGCAAUAAAAAAAACAGGUGAGGGAACCAGUUUAUUAAAGAUGAUCAAAUGUGACCACAACGGUAUUUUUAGACAUUUGUAAGUGUGUUUGGGAGAAGAGAGCAGUACAUUUUCGUCUGUCUGCAGAUGUUUUUUAGUGCAAAAUAGUUUGGUAGUGGCUCAGUUUGUAGAAAUCGAGCAUUUCCUGUGUGCUGUUUCUUCUAUGAAAUGACUUUCCCUCUCUUGUCUCUAAAUUUAAUGGAGCAGGAGAGGCGCAGGGGAUUGUGGGAAGAACGCCUCCUCAGAGUGCAGCCAGGACUAAAAGUAGGCAGGCCAAGACUCCCACACAGACUGGUGAGUUUGUUCAUGCUCAUAAUGUAUCUUUUUUUUUUAUAUUCACUUUGUGUGAUAUUGAUCCCAGUUUCCAGUUUUCCCAUGGCUGAUAUCUUCUAUCCUGCUGUCUUGAAUUUGCAGAAUAUUUAUGACAUGUUGAGGUUUUUAAGUCUCUUCUUUUCUUACAGCCCCCUUGGUCAGCCCCUCGGGUCGCUGGGGUCAGACUCUGUGUCCUAUUGAUGCUCAGACAGCCAUUCUGAUUGGGGGUCAGGGAGCCAGGAUGCAGUUCUGCAAAGAUCCCAUGUGGAAGCUUUGCACAGGUCAGUUCAGAACCUGACUCCUGUUAAAAAAAAACAAUUGCGAAUUCUGUUGAUCCAUGACAGAGUGUGUGCCCCUUCUUCCCACAGAGGAUAUGUCCUGGUUUGCAGCUGAGACUCUGGCAGAGGGUCCAACACCAGAGGCGAGAAUUGGACACACAGCCAUCUACGACCCAGACUCAAGGCGGAUCUUUGUGUUUGGAGGCUCCAAGAACAAGAAGUGGUUCAAUGACGUUCACAUUCUCGAUACGCAGAGCUGGAAGUGGACCAUGAUUGAGGUGGGUUUAAUAAAGUUGGUCCACCUUCAGCAUAGAUUGGUAGAUUUAUAUUAUCGCACUCCUUGUGAGAAUGUCAGUUUCCCCAUUAAGUAUUUUUAGUAGACGAUGUAAAUUCAGUCAUCAACCAAAGCAGCUUGAAGUCAUGACCAUUUACGCAUUUUUUUCAUAAGGGUUCUUCGUCCAUUUUUUUCACAUCCCCUUCCGCUCUCUUGUCUACCUCAGGCUCAAGGGAAGGUUCCUCCUUUGGCCUACCACAGCUGCAGCAUGUUUCAGGGUGAGCUGUUUGUUCUUGGAGGGGUGUUUCCUUGCCCAAACCCUGAGCCCGACGGCUGCAGUGACUCUCUGUAUAUCUUUGACCCCAACCUCUCAAUCUGGUACCAGCCGAUUGUAACUGGAGACAAACCCUCCCCCCGCUCAGGGUAAGAUAGCUCCAUCCAGGGUCUGUUUUUUCACCCACAUACAUAAAUCUAAACACUCAAAUCUUUGCUGUUUAUCCUCUUUUUUCAGUCACUCAGCAUGUGUGAUACAGGAGAGGAAGAUUUACGUUUUUGGAGGAUGGGAUACUCCCGUCUGCUACAACGACAUGUACAUGUUGGACCUUGGUAAGCCAAACACACGUUCGACUUUUAGGAAACUCUUGGUUUCUUGUGUCUACACAUGUGUGUUCAAACAGAGGAAAUAUUUCCAUGAAUUGAGGUGUAAAUACAAAGCAUUGUAUGCAUAACUGAAUGAGACGUUUUUGCCUCAGGUCUCAUGGAGUUUGCUGCUGUUGAAACAACCGGAAAAGCCCCUUGUCCACGAAGGUACGCAACGCUACACACACAAACACCAUUAUGUCAGGGGUAAUGUAUAGUUCGCUGGUGGUUAUCUGAAAUAGAAUCCCCAUCAAAAAGUCAUAAAGGUCUUUACAUGAAGCAAAGGGUUCUCCCCCACUCUGGUAGCAAAACGACCAUGAUAUAAUAUUAAAAUGUAUACUGCAUGUUGUCUACUGCUGCAAUCGGAAAGUUAUGAUUUUAUAAGACAGUCCACUUGAAGAGGUGAAAUAAUAGACAGUAUACAAGAUGUGCUGUAGUACCUCCCACACUUCCACAGUUUGAUUUGAUAUGUGUGAUCAGGUUGUCUCUGGUGUUCCCUUUUGUUAAUUGGGAUCAAGAACUUUUGUUGAGGAGUUUUAACCAAUCAGGAUAAGAGCUAGUGAAAAAAAGGUUGAAUGUUUUUAUUAUUGUUAAUCUGAGAAAAAAAGACAGAAUCCUGUCCAAUUUUUUAUUUAUUUUUCUCAGAAUAAUAAUAAUUUUAAAAAAUUACAGUUUUUUUUCCCCCAGUGGCCCUAAUCCUCUUCCAUAGAUGAGUAAAGAAAACCUGGUGAUAAAGACUUUUAUUUGUUCAAAGUCCUUAAGUUUUGUCAGAUUUUUUUUAAUUUUGGUAAAAGAGAAAAAAAUUGUAACAUUUUGUUUACUAAAUUUUUUUUAAUCAUCUUGAUAUCUGCACAAAAUUUAAAUAUGAUAACACCGGAAUCAACAAACUUCAUAAUCAACAUUAUAGCAUCUGCAGUUUUGUGUGUGUGUGUUAUAAUUAAUUGGUGUGUUACAGUUGGCACGGGAGUGUUGUAAUCUCCGACACCAAGUUCCUGAUCCAUGGAGGUUACAACGGAGAUCGUGCUCUCAGCGACACCUUUAUCUUUGAUACAGGUAAGAAUGUACAGAUGUACAGGUCUUUACAUGUGAGCUUACAUACUUCAUGCACCCCCCCCCCCCCCCCCCCGCCGCCGCCGCAUACGUCAGUGCCCUCAUUUUACCACCCAGUCAAAAAGUCUGAACAUGUGCCUACCCUAUGACUCAAAGCUCAAAGUUAAUAUGACAAAAUAACAAUCCUUACAAAUGAGAGAAAAUAUUCUUACAUACUGAAACAAAGAAUUAAAUGACAAAACUCUUUCUUUUAGCACAAUAAACUUGCCAUCAUUAAUUUCGUCUUUUUGUGUCUUAAGAUACCAACAGCUGGACAGAGGUGACUCUUCCGCAUCUCUCCCUUCCCAGGGCAGGGCAUUCCAUCAUCACCAUGGAGGCAGAUGCUCACCGCUGUAUUUCAGAGGAAAAGAACCCAGGAUCCAUCAGCAGAACCUUGUUGGUAUUUGGAGGCGGAGACAACGAAGGCAACUUCUACUCCGACCUGACAACUGUCUCUGUUGAGGAACUGCUCGCUGCUAUUUCAAGAGCGUGAGUCAGAGGUGAAUCCUCAUUCCCUGUCAGCAUGUUAAGCUGUGUGAACACCCCCACAGACUCUUAGGUAUUUAAAUUUCCUACAGUUUGUCACUGUUUCCUUUUUGUAUUUGUUUCCUCUCUUUUGUAGACUUAAAUUUUCUAUGUAGCAGCAGAUCAAAUAAUUUGAUGAUUUUUUUCACUAAAGACUUUAAUAUUCUGCUGCCAUUGUCAUGCAUCACAUACUGUCCAGGCAUGUGAACGUGACUUUUUUUCCAUGAGUAAAUAGAUCCUUGAAUAUCUCUUAAAGAUUCCCAUUAGUGACACUUGGACAGUACUGGAUGCUGUAGAAGUGGAAUAUUCUUGUUUUUAUUCAUCAAAUGUUUUGUAUAUUUUGCUCAUAAGGGGCAUUGCCUGAUUUUUUUAUAGACUUUUAAAUACCUGAAAGUUGCAGUUAUCAACCAUGUUAACUGAGUUUCAGAAUUAUGGAUUAUUCUGGUUGUUGUCAUCGUCUCCAAACUGAUGCAUGUUCUGUAAAAAAAAUACAAAUAAAAUCUUUAUUUAUCUUCUAGUGACUUUUUAUUUUGCGCUUGGAUUUUUUUCUUCUUUUAAUAAUUUUCAUGAACUUUCUUGAAGUGAUUGUACGGGAUUUCUAUUAAAUAAAUUAAAUGCACAAUUGUAGAAACAGUUAAAAACUUUUGGGCUUAAUUAAAACAACCUUCUGUUGUAUGGCCAUCAGGGCAAUACUGGUGAUAUUUCAAACUAGACUAAACUGAGACCUAUUGCAAUAAAAACAACUAGAGAUCAAGUUAAAUCUUUUCGGCUGAAUAUCUUACACCAGCAUCAUGAGUAAACCGGGUCACACGUCAGUUAAAGUCCAUUUUUCCAUAUGGGAUGUGUAAUGUGUAAAUGUAGGGUGGAUAUUGGCUUAUAAAUGUUUUAGUUAUAAGAAGUAAGGAUACAGAGAAAAGUGGGAAUAGAGGACAUUAUUUAAUGACUAACACAAAUAAAAAUGACGUUAAAUUUUUUCUCUUUGUACUAGGAACCACUUUGAGGCUGUUAUUUUGGUUUCACCGUCUCAUGCAUUUCCUGUGUUAAUGCAAAAUCUUGGUUUCCUCCAAAAGAUCCAAAAAAUCUUUUAAUGGAUGAAUGUCUUUUCACUGCAAGUCAUAAAAUAUGCUCUGUACUUCAUCAUACUCCAGUCUCUGAUACAAAAGAAGAUUGUGUUGCACUCUCAGCUCCAUCUGUACAGAUUAUUCAUCCUAUUUCUGGCUUUCCUGCUUCACAAAAUUUGCCCACGCUGUGAGUCAAUCUACUAAAUUGCCAGGGUAAGUAAGGUUUGUCACCCUGUCGGUAUGUUCGGCCAUUAAUUAGAAAAGAGAAUUAUAAAGAUGAACAUGCACAAUAAAUAAUAUUGCUAG